AAUUCCAUGCCCACUGGGACGAAGUCAAGAAACAACAAUUAACCAAUUCGUGGUGCUUUCAUAUUCUCUACCGUCUUCUCUUUCUCUUCUUGGUCUACUUUGCCGUAACCAGACAGAUAAUGUAGUACCACAAACAGCAUUGACAACGAUAAUUACAACAGAAGACUGUUUCGAUUCUUGAUUCUUCAAUUCUCAGUUUCCUUGUUUUCGGUUUUUUGGAUGAAUCUGAUUGCAUCCUGACCUCCGCGAAUUCGAUUCUUCCCCCUUUUUUUUUUUCUUCUUUUUCUUUUUCCGGGGACGGAAUGAAGAGUUCUCUGAGAAGAUUGCGAGGCUUGGGGCUUCUCAAGUACGGCGGCGGUGACCGCAGGAACCGACGCGACGUUCACCCUUUAUCUCAAUUGGACGAGCUUACCGAGGCUUCUAAGGAGAUGCAGGACAUGAGAGAUUGUUAUGAUAGCUUACUUUCUGCUGCUGCAGCAAUAGAAAAUUGUGCUUAUGAAUUUUCGGAGUCAUUGCAAGAAUUUGGCACUUGCCUGCUUGAGAAGAUUCCACUGGUUGAUGAUGAAGAAAGUGGUAAGGUCCUGUUGUUGCUUGGGAAAGUGCAGUUUGAAUUACAGAAACUUGUUGACAGCUAUAGGUCUCAUAUAUCCCAGACAAUUACAAACCCGUCAGAGUCCCUACUUAAUGAACUUCGGACAGUUGAGGAAAUGAAACGGCAAUGUGAUGAAAAAAGAAAUGUGUAUGAAUACAUGGUAACAAGACACAGAGAAAAAGGAAGGUCAAAAAAUGGGAAAGGUGAAAGUUUUUCGACACAGCAGUUACAAGCAGCUCAUGAGGAAUAUGAUGAGGAGGCAACCUUUUUUGUUUUCCGUUUGAAAUCUCUGAAACAAGGACAAACAAGAAGUCUUCUUACACAGGCUGCAAGGCACCAUGCUGCUCAGUUGUGCUUUUUCAAGAAGGCUCUCAAGUCUCUUGAAGCAGUUGAACCAAAUGUGAAAAUGAUCAGUGAGAAGCAGCAUAUUGAUUACCACUUCCCUGAACUUGAUGACGGAACUGAGUUUGACAAUGAUGAUGAUGAUGAUGAUGAUGAUGAUGAAGAUGUCGACAGUUAUGGUGUGCAUGAUGAUGGAGAAUUGAGUUUUGACUAUGGACAAAAUGACCAGGAACAAGAUGAUGUUUCUGAAUCUCGAAACUUAAUGGAGUUAGAUCAAGGAGGCAUUACAUUUCCCCAAGUUACGACAUUGGAGACUGCAAUGGGAAACCUAGACAGAAGUUACAGGAAUUCUUUUUCUUUUAGAGGUGAUAUUAGGAACAGCAGCCAAUCAGCACCGCUAUUUUUUGAAAAGAGGUUGGAUUCUGCUGAUAAAUUUAUGCAGAAGCAACCAUCAUUCACACGGAAGCUCAACUCAUAUGUAUUACCUACACCAGGUGAUACAAAGAGUUCACGUUCUAUAGGAUCAGUUAAUCCACCGCCUCAGACUUCAAAGAUAAGUUUGAGUGCAAAUACACGCAAUCUGUGGCAUUCAUCGCCUCUGGAAAAAAAGAAAUAUGAAACGACUUUGGGAGAGGAGGAAUUUUCUGGACCUGCUGUUACAAAAAGGCAGUCAGUGCUAAGAGAGAGCAACAAGAACAGUACAUCAUCCCGACUACCUCCUCCUCUUGCAGAUGGGGUUACAUUUCCACGUUAUAGUGCAGUUGGUGCUUCUGAUUAUAAGAAAACGAAAAGACAAGCCUUUUCUGGUCCAUUGAUAAGUAAACGACCAUGGCCUUCUAAGCCCAUGUUGGUAGAACAUCCUCCAUUGUUCUCUGGACCAAUUCUGAGAAAUCCAGUGCCUCAACCACCAUCAUCAUCUCCAAAAGUAUCACCAAGUGCGUCCCCUACUUUUACGUCCUCUCCUAGAAUAAAUGAGCUUCAUGAGCUUCCUAGACCCCCAGCCAGUUCAACAUCCAGUUCUUCGAGACCCUCAGGUUUGAUUGCUCACUCAGGCCCUUUGGUUUCUGGAGGUCAUGUGCUUUCUGCUACAAAUAAAUCAGUAAUGUCAAAAGCAGCUUCUCCACUGCCACAACCACCGCAGUCUAUCACUCGCAGUUUCUCCAUACCCUCUGGCACUCAGAGAGUUAUGGCAUUACCUGUCUCUAAGCCACCAAAAGCUGCUGACAGUUCUGUGAUCAUUGAAGACAUUGCCUCGCCCCCUCUAACACCGUUAUCUUUACCUAGAGGAGCCAAUUGACAACGUUUUUCAUAGGGAUAAUUGUCUGAGCUGUGGGGCAAGAUUAUCUUCACCAUUUCGUAGAGUUGCUGAUAUGUAUAUAUUCAGUGAAUGGUAUUAUUUUUUCCUUUUUUGGUUUUUUUUCCUCAUCCGUCUUAGCCUAUUUCGACGAACACUAGGCCUAAUCAAUCAGUAUGUGCCAUGUGUUCUAUCAUUUCAGAAAUUUUGGGUUUUCUCCAAUGCAAUAAUAAUAGUUACAUCCAUUUUUUCCUCCAGAACUCUUUACUUUGCAAUAUUCUGUGUAGUGAUUUGUGGUCAUAACAGUUCUUU